GCUGUAGCAGAUCUACUGUGAGCCACGAGACAUCGUGGGGAAAGUCCCGGAUAUCCUCAUUCGUGACAGCAUCUAAUUAAUCAUCAACCCUGUAACGUGAUCUCUAGCCUAUAAAAAGGAAACCUUCAGCGUCUCAUAAACCUGACCACUGGCCUUCACAGAUAUCUCCAGAACCAAGGACUUGUAUCCCAGGAGGAGCCCAGGCUAAUGGGUGGCCGCCUCAGUCCUGAGGCCAACGCUGAGGUGCCCCACGAAGCUCUUAGUUUCCACGGGGAUGCCACCGGCGCGCAGGUGCAUCUGGACGACCUGCGGAGCACAGCGCAUAGGCGCUCCACGUUCCACGAUGGCAUCGUGUUCAGCCAGCGGCCAGUGUGGCCUGGUGAGCGCGUAGCGCUGCGUGUGCUGCGACAUGAGGACGGCUGGUGCGGUGGCCUCCGUGUGGGCUUCACGCGCCUCGACCCUGCGCACGUGGCCCCGUCCUGCCUGCCACCCUUCGUAUGCCCUGACCUUGAGGAGCAGAGCCCCACGUGGGCAGCGCUGCUUCCAGAGGGCUUCGUCCGUGCAGGGAAUGUAGUCUGCUUCUGGGUGAACCGUCGAGGGUGGCUCUUCGCCAAGGUCAACGCUGGCCGCCCCCUCUUGCUGCGCAAAGACGUGCUGGUCCAGGGCGCCCCGCUCUGGGCGGUGAUGGAUGUGUACGGGACCACAAAAGCCAUCGAGCUGCUGGAUCCCAAAGCUGACGCCUGGAUCACCAACGGUGAGCCUGUGCCAGAGUCUGAAGUCACAUCAGGAGAGGAGUGUGUCAUCUGCUUCCACAACACUGUCAACACCCGCCUCAUGCCCUGUGGCCAUUCACACUUCUGCAGCGCCUGUGCCUGGCAUGUCUUCAAAGACACAGCCAAGUGCCCCAUGUGCCGCUGGCAGAUUGAGGAGGUGGCUGUAGUACCUUCACCGAAGCCUGGAGAAGGCUCCUGAAGAGAGGGAGCUUCCUGGAGUGGGUGGCAGAUGGGACCUGGCUCUGAGCCAGGCCCCUGCCAAAGGCGAAACCUCUGUCUAGACAUGGGUCAUCGAGCACGGUCACAGGCCACCAAGCCUGAUCUUGGGUCAGCAAGCCUUGUUAGCCGAGAGGGAGGCUCAGUGACUUUUUACUCAGCCAGAAGUUCGGGAGAGGUUGAUAUGGCAAAGAGAAAUCUCCCUGGCCACUUUGGGAAACCCCCAGUGUAGCAGGGGCAGCCUGAGCCCUCACAUUACAGCUGAGGACAUGAAGGGAUAGGUCUGUGUCUGGCAGAAGCGUCAGA